UGCGGCUCUAUAUGCCUAUGUAUAAACAAAAAAACUAUUAAUAUUUACGAUACGGAUCUGCAAUAUGUUUAUGAGAAGCUUGCUAACUUUAUGGGGGAACCAGAGUUCUGUUUUCUAUGCUACAUAUGUCAUACGAGACUACGACAGUUUGCCAUCCUUCAGAAAACAGCAAGCAGUAGCCAGUCACAACAUUUAGUUCAUCUCACAACAUGCAAUAUUGGAAAUAAAACUAUAUACCACACACUGUUGUGUUUGCUAAAGAGGAGCCUCGGGAAUUCGAUGUACAGGAGAGAUACUUUGAUUUUGAUAUCACAAUACAACAAGAAAUAGAGAAUAUGGAGUCUUUAGACAGUAAAGAAAAAAUUGGUUCUCAUGUUGAGGAAAAAAGCUGUGAGGGGCUUGAAACCCCCAUUCACCCCAAGAGAAAGCGCGUGCGGCAACCGGCUCGAGUGGUUCAAAAGACCUCUGGUGGCAGCCUCCUAACCGGUGCGUUUGUGGCCUGCAAAAAACCGCCCAGUGGCCACAUCCGUGUAUUGAAACCCAGUGAACUACUAUGUGCUAAUGUUGUGGAAAGGGUUGAGGCCAUGGACCCGUUGAAGGUGGAGGUUGAGGUGAUGGAAGCCUGCCCGGACCUGCCCCAGGUCGGAGAGGCUGUUCCAAGGGGGGGAGGUAAGGCGGAGGAAUGUUCCUCCACUGAUGUCCCAGAACCUAGUGCUUUUGCAGAAGUUGCGGCCGAUAACGCUUCAGGCAUUAUUAGUAUUUGCGCUGCAAAUAUUACUAAUUUCGAAGGCUCACCGAACGCCACUUCUGAUGAUGUCCUUCCGUCAACUUCAGGGAUGAAGGAAACAUGCAAAAGAAGUGCUAAGAGAAGGGUACGCGAAGGUAGUGAAGUCGACAGUGAACACGACGAUGAAUUCGAAGAAUCCCUUGUCGACGUCGCUAACUUGGCUACAUUGGAUAGGAACAUCCCUAACGACGACGAACUAGAGGAGCCCGUUCGUGAAAUCAUAGGGGCAAUGGAGAGUGUAAUGGAUGCAGAAGCCGAUUGUCUUCCUGGCGUGUCGACUAGUUAUGACUGGAAAGAAGACUUUGACUCGUUCACGGGUGUUCCUGAAAGUUUUUCAGGUCCUACUCCUGGACCGGUAAAAGACUAUGAUACGGCCUAUGAUGCUUUUACUGACAUCUGGAGUAAGGACAUUAUAGAUCGUAUCGUUCUGGCAACUAAUCGAUACGCUAAGCAGAAAAUCGACAAGAUGAAAGCUGAAGGGACACUGAAACCAUCAUCACGUCUGCAUAAGUGGACUGACACUAAUGCAGACGAGAUAAUGGUUUUAUUUGCUGUUUUUAUGUACAUGGCGAUCGAUCCACGGACAAAUCAGUAUGAGUAUUGGAAGUCAGAUGAUUACCUGGAGAUGCCCAAGUUCAGGAAAUUGAUGCCCUAUAGUCGCUAUAUUUUGCUGAGCACUUUCCUUUAUUUCGUGGAUAAUUCUGAUGUGAGUCAGAAUUCGCUACCAAAUGAAGAAAUUUGGCUUUCACCGAAGUUAGCGAAACUACAGCCCGUGAUCUCGCACCUCAAAUACAAAUUUGCCUCCCUUUAUAAUUUGGACCGUUUCAUUUCUAUCGACGAGUCUCUGACCUUAUUCAAGGGCCGUUUGGCCUGGGUCCAAACAAUAAGGACAAAGGCUGCGCGUUUUGGUAUUAAAUCUUACGAGCUCUGCGAGUCACGUACGGGCUAUAUGCAUGAUUUUGAAAUUUAUACGGGGAAGAAUUCUGAUCGCGACGACACCGCGGAUGCGGAUGUUGCACCUAGUGUCGAUUUGGCUGGCAAGAGCACUAAAAUAGUGCUCCAUUUAUUGAAAGUCCUAAAGAAUCAGGGGCACUGUGUUACUAUGGACAAUUUUUAUAAUUGUCCCGCGUUGGCACGGUAUCUCAAGAGCUUGGGAUUCGAUUGCUUAGGAACAUUGCGUCCAAACCGAAGGAACGUGCCCUCCGACGUAGCAAAGAUGUCCAAUAAUGUGGCUAAGGGUACGAUCAUAGCGCGCCAUUGCGGCGAUGUUACUGUCCUCGGAUGGAAAGACUCCAAGGUGGUGACUAUGAUCUCUACCUACCACACUGAUGAGACCUUUGUUGGGUCAAAGAAGGGCAAGAUGCAAGUGAAGCCUAAAUGUGUGGGGGAUUAUAAUAGAACAAUGGGCGGGGUCGAUCUCAAAGAUCAAAAGCUAGCCAUGUAUUUAUUAGAGAGGAAGCGAGGCGUGAAGUGGUAUACCAAGAUGUUUAAGAGGCUGCUGAACACGAGCAUUCACAACGCCCUUAUUAUGCUCGUAAUGUCAUCGACUCGCCGCAAUAAACUUCCGAUGUCACAGCGUGAAUUUCGUUACAACCUGGCUAAAUCUCUUGUGGACCGUCACCGCCCCGGUCUAACGGUGACCUCGCCACAAGUCAAAAAAAAUAAUACAGAAAUUAGGUUGAGGAGGGAUAUUGUGCAUGAACCGAUGUACUGUACGGGUCGGAAUAAUAGGAAGCGUUGCAAGGUUUGCUACCGGCAGGGCGUCGACAAAAUGGUGCAUUCCCAAUGCGUCACUUGUGGUGAAUACUUAUGCUUUGAGAAAUGUUGGAAAGAUUGGCACUCUCUAAUAAAUCUCAAAUCGAAAGUAUCCGGGCGAAAAAGGCGGCAUUGAGAGCUAGUUUGUUGAGCUCGAAUGAGUGGAUGAAUGAUGUGUAAAAGCGGGAUUAAAUGGCCUUCGGUUCGUUCUCAUUUUCCUAAACGAUUUUCUUUCCAUAAACAGGCCAAUUGUCAGUGGUGUCUUGUCGUAAUUACCAGAUGUUACGACAAGUUAGCAGUUGGCACUAGGCAGAAUUCUUGUUAGUGCUUGGGCGGGGGGAUUGGGAGGUAUAUGUAUGUAUGUGUGUUUGUAUGUCCAUGAUCAAUAAUCAUAUUGAUUUGUCCAUUCACGUCAUGUACAAACUAAUAGCCUUUGUGACUUUGGCUGAUAUCAUCCAUUAUACUGCUAGUCCCUGACCAUAUUCCCUUUAUGAUUUUUUGGCGGUUUCAGCUAGUUUGUCUAGUUAAGUUUUACAGUAAGUGUAUAAUCCUACCAAAAACAUACCUGUUAAAAUGGGGACAAGUUGGGUUAAUUUUGGCCUAAAAAAGGAGUUGAAAUCCAAUCCAAUGCCAAGUUUACGCGCUUCGUCGAUCGUAAUCAUGCUUAUCAACAUCCUAAAAAAUAUUAUCUAAUAAUACAAUUAAUCAAGUUUUACGUAUAGCACGAAAACCUGACAAGUUCAAAGUUUCAAAAGUUUAAAAUAUGGAUCAGACUGUUGAUGAAGAUGAUUACGAUCGAUGAAGUGCAUCUGAACUUGGUAUUGGAUUGGAUUUCAACUAUUUUUUAGACCAAAAUUAACCGAUAGGAACUUGGCCCCAUUUUAACAGGUAUGUUUUUGGUGGGAUUUUUUAAAAAUAUUAUUGUGUUGCGUUAAGUGAUUGUAAAGCAAUGAGCUUUUGGUAUAAAAAAACAGGAAAUGUGUAUUAUUAAUGGUUUAUGGUAAAUCUGUAUAAUAUCUUUUUGU